CCGUUUUCAUAAUCAGCGCCGUGUAUAACGUGCGAUGGAUUUCGGUAGUUUCUAUAAAACGUGUCUAGUAUUUUUAUAAUAGAUGUAGUUAGAUCUUCUGUGCUGAAACUAGCUCAAGAAUCAAGGAACAAAAGGGAUUUUUGUCUGAAUCGUUUGGCUGAACACGUAUAUUCUAUGUUGCAAUCCGAACUGUUGGUCAGAUGUUAUGAUAUUGUAAACAUUGUUGAUUGUCCUUCUGUUUUGGAGGAUUUAGACAGUUUUAUACCUUAUGCAAAUGUCAAUGAAGUUCAAACAGGCUUACCUCCAUUUUCAACGGAUCAAAUCAAAAAAAGAAUUACAGGCUUACAUUUACCGUACGGUACAGGUAUAUUCACUAUUCGAUUGCCCGAUUAUCAACCUCGGUUUGGAUAUCGAAGGUCAGGCAUUGUUCUUCGACAAGUAGUUAUUAAAGGGGAAGUAGAAAGUUUAUUUGUUGCGGGAGUAGAACAUGGUAGUCCAGCAAGCAAUGCAACUGAUUUGCAGAUGGGAGAUCGUAUAUACUCUAUAUCAGGUUACCCGCUGGACUGGCAUACAUUAGAACAAUUAAGAUACAAGCUAAUUCACCUGGAUGGAUUGGCACCAAAUUCAAAUAUUUAUGAUUUAGCUAACUAUUUACUGAAUAGAGCCUAUCAAAAUAUUGGAAAUGCCCAAGAUCAUCAUCAUAAUUUAAAUAAAAACAGUAGUAUUUUUAAAGUCCCCAGCGAACCAAGUGAUUCAACAAUUUUUGAACCUCCAAUUCUUGUUAUCAUUCGUUAUCCGAAAUCAAAUUCAUUGUGGUCCAAUCAAACAGCUAAUGGUGAAACAAAUGAAUUACAAACAAAACCCAAUAAAAAACCACUCAGUUGUUAUGAAACAGUUCUUGAAAAUGAAGAUAAUGACAUAGGACUUGGUUUACAGAUAGGAUCUAAUCAAGAUAACACGGAAAUCCACAUUGUUUCUAUAUUCAAAAAUAGUCAAGCUGAAAAAGACGGUGUUUUGAAGGAAGGCGAUCGUGUAGUUGAGGUAAAUUAUCAAACUCUUGAAGGUUUAACAGCUAAUCAAGCUUUGAAAAAAGUUAAAAGCAUAUGUCGAAACACUAAAUAUGUACAGAUUAAAUGUGCAAGGAAUCUUCAAACUGAUAAUCAUGUUAAUACGACUAAUAAUCAUUUGAUUUCGUCUUCUAAUGACAGACAUGAACAAUCUGAAAACAGUAAAGUGUUAAAUAAUGUACAUGAUCCUGCGUUAUAUAAUGAAGAUGUUUAUGAAAUUAGUACUGAUGAGAAAAGUGUAUUGACAAGGACACCGACUCUGAUACUGAGCGCUUCAGACACAUCUAUAAAUGCUUCUGAAGAGGAGACGGUUUUAUUCUACAACUGUAAAUUUAAUAAACCUGGUAACAAGUAUUUGGAUAAGACAAAUAGUUAUGAUCAAAGUUUAUUGAAAAAAUGGUUAGAUAUAUUCAGUCCUGAUGUCGAAUUACUGUUAGUACAUUAUGACAUAACAAAUUCCAAUUGUGGACUGGGUAUCGGUAUUGAAGAUACUAUACUAGAUGAUGAGAUGUUCGGUGAAAGUCAGCAUCAUCAUUAUAUAGUGGAAAUUAAUCCAGAAGGACCUAUUGCUAAAGAUCAAACUCUGUCAAUUGGAGAUGAAUUGCUUGAAAUUAACGAUGUCAUUAUUGUAAACAAAGAUAAUUCAGAGAUCGCUAGUAUUUUUCAUACCAUUCCUACUGAAGGAUAUUUAAUAUGUGCACGUUAUCCAAACGAAUCUUCUCAAAGUGAUGUCAAAGGGGAGAAUGGAAACGACGAAUUGGUUCUAGCCAGUGUUGUUCCGUUCACUCGAACUCUGAGUGAUGGUGAAAUCCCCACUGUUGAUUUCAAUGGUCAGGAUAUGGAUAAUAAUUCUUUCGAUGAAACAAAUUCAGGAAGUAAACAAAACUUCGCUGUGACAUCACUGGACAGUGAAGCAGAAAACGAUGAACAUGCUGGAUCUGAUGUUGAUGAAGAUCGACACCCAAUAAAACUACUAUCGAUUACUUUGAAGAGUCAAAGCUCCAGUUUUGAACAUCAAACUGAAGAUAUGCAAAAUAAUAAAAUGAGAAUUGAAAAUUUUAAACCAAAAAUGAAUAAAGAUAACCUAGCAACGGAUAGUCGAAAAUCUACAAGAAGAGGCUCACUGACACGCCUUCCCAUGGCUGCUAAAUUAGCGAAAUCCAUGGAAAAAUUACCGUGUCAUGAAACGUCGUCUCAAGUAUCCGGUUCAAUUUUCGAAAAUAACAAUCCAAAUCGUGAUAGAAUAAAUCAAUUGAAUGAAAUAACCAAUAACAAUUAUGAUGUCUUAACUGUUAAAGUUUUGAAAAAAGCAGGCGAAAUACUUGGUCUAGAACUGGAAUUAGAAAAUGGUGAUGCAAGAGGCAUUACACUUGCCCAUAUUACUCCUGGAAGUCCUGUAGAUCGUUUAAAAUAUUUGAAGAACUACAAAACUAUGGAUCUCAUUGACACCAACUCGAACUACUCGAAACUAUCAAAACCUUUAACAAAUGAUGAUGAUUUACGUAUUCCUUGUGUGGGUGAUCGUAUUUUAGGUGUAUCAGAUUACAGUUUCCAAAAUAUGUCAGCGUUUACAGCUUUAAGAUUAUUAAGAAAAUUAAUUUCUUAUUCUGGUAUUAUUAAAAUCCGAUUUAUACCCAAAGAAUACCUUGGAAGUAAUCAAUUGAAAUACAACAGUCAACGAAAAAUGUUUCCAUCUGAGCCGAAUUUAUUCAAAAAUUGAGAAUUACUAAACUAAAUUACCUAGAAAUGGUUCUACUUAAUACGAUUAUUUUUAAUUUAAUUUAAUUUAAUUUUUGUCUAUAUUUUGAACUUUUAUAACCAUUUUUUUUCAUAUUAAAAAAC